AUGGGACAGAAGAUUUCUGGAAGCAUUAAAUCGGUGGAUGGUCGAGGGGAAAGUGGCGGCUCCCCAUCAUACCGACCCACGGCUCAUCGUCGGCAGCACCUUGAGCUAAGGGGUCCGGAUUUCUCCAAGCCGCCGAGGCUGGACCUCUUACUGGACAUGCCAUGCGCUGGACUAGAUACCCAGCUUCGUCACGCAUGGAACGCUGAUGACCGCUCGCUCAAUAUUUUCAUCAAAGAGGACGAUAAGCUGACAUUUCAUCGUCACCCAGUUGCUCAGAGCACGGACUGCAUAAGAGGACGAGUUGGAUACACCCGGGGUCUUCAUGUAUGGAAGAUCCACUGGCCUGCCCGGCAGCGAGGCACCCAUGCUGUGGUUGGUGUGGCAACCGCCGAAGCUCCUUUACAUUCUGUUGGGUACACAGCAUUAGUGGGAUCAGACUGUGAGUCCUGGGGCUGGGAUCUGGGGCGUAACAGGCUCUACCAUGACAGUAAGAAUCGAUCCCACAGCUUGCUGCCUUCAUACCCUUGUUUCCUGGAGCCGGAGGAGUCAUUCACCCUACCAGACUCUCUGCUAGUGAUUCUGGACAUGGACGAAGGAACGCUAAGCUUUAUGGUUGAUGGACAGUAUCUAGGAGUGGCAUUUCGAGGCCUAAAGGGAAAGAAGCUGUAUCCUGUCGUCAGUGCUGUAUGGGGGCAUUGUGAAAUCACCAUGAAGUACAUCAAUGGCUUAGAUCGUAAGUAA